CAUCCGUGUGCGAUCUGUUCAUCGAGGGUGUCCUCCUCCUCUGCUUUGCUCCUGCUUACUUGUCGAGACUGCAACCGCCUCUCCCUCCCCUACCCUCCCCUCCUCGCCAUCGGUCACCGUCUCCGCCACCUCCCCGCCUGCCUAUAAUAAGAAGAAGGGGCGGAGACGACAACUAGCACCGAGGAGGAAGAAAGCGAUCGAAGGAGGGGAGAGAGCGGUCGAUCGGAGUACGAGAUGGAGGCCAGCAACGGGCAGAUCCACCACCACGACGAGCAGCCGAGGGCGGAGCAGAAGAUCAUCAUCGACACGGAUCCAGGCAUCGAUGACAGCGUGGCGAUUAUGAUGGCGUUCCAGUCGCCGGGCGUUCAAGUCCUAGGGCUCACCACCAUUUUUGGCAACUGCACAACGGAGCACGCGACACGCAACGCCUUGAUCCUGUGCGAGAAGGCAGGCCAUCCUGAAGUUCCAGUAGCAGAAGGAAGCCAUGAGCCUCUAAAGGGAGGAAAACCAAAAGUUGCCGCCUUUGUUCACGGAUCUGAUGGCCUUGGGAACAUAGAGCUUCCUGAUCCCACUAUCAAGAAAGUUGAGCAAAGCGCUGCAGAGUUCUUGGUUGAUAAGGUCUCGCAGUUUCCUGGAGAGGUCUCUGUACUUGCCUUGGGUCCUCUGACGAACUUAGCAUUGGCCAUCAAGAAGGAUCCCUCCUUUGUGAAAAAUGUUAGAAAGAUUGUUGUGCUGGGUGGAGCCUUCUUUUCAGCUGGAAAUGCCACCCCUUCUGCUGAAGCAAAUAUCCACAGUGACCCGGAGGCAGCUGAUAUAGUUUUCACUUCUGGGGCAGACAUCUACGUGGUCGGCCUCAACAUCACAACCCAAGUCAGCUUCACAGAUAAGGACCUCUUGGAGCUGAGGAACUCGAAAGGGAAGCACGCGCAGUUCCUCUGCGACGUAUGCAAGUUCUACCUGGACUGGCACAUCGAGUCUUACGGCGCUCCUGUGAUUUUCCUCCAUGACCCGGUGAGCUUUGCCGCGCUGGUUCGCCCGGACCUGUUCACGUUCAGGAAGGGCGUGGUGAGGGUGGAGACCCAGGGCAUCUGCGCCGGGCAUACCUCCAUGGACAUGUUGCUGAAGAAGUGGAACUCGGAGAACCCGUGGACUGGCUACUCGCCGAUCUCGGUGGCGUGGACGGUGGACGUGCCCAAGAUGGUCGCGUUCGUGAAGGAGCUCGUCACCGGAGAGUGACGAAACUAGCUGACAUGAGUCGUCGUACCAUGUCAGAUCCGAGCAUUCAAUUCCGCAUUGCGUUGUCGCUGCGCACAAAACUGAGAUGCAGAAAUAUUUGACGUACUGCAAACGCUAUUUCCAGAGUCAUUGGUUCUGGUUCUGCAAACCAAUUCUCUCAUUCGUGCACCCUAAUUGUAUAUGCUUUAUGCCGUCAGAUGACCGGGAUCAGCUUCAGCAGGUGUAUAUGCUUGGCAUGCAUCCCAUCACGCCAAA